CGCCUACUGCCGUCUUUGAAAAAGGAGGGGAGGGUUUGUUUGCUUCCCGUUGUUUGCAUAGCAAGUGUAGAAGCUGAAACCAAGAUGGCAGAUCAUGGAUCAGUAAUUACUGAAGUUCCUGCAGCACUGAAACGGCUGGCCAAAUAUGUAGUGAGAGGAUUCUACUCAAUUGAAUAUUCACUUGCCCUGGAUAUCCUAAUCCGUUACCCUUGUGUGAAAGAGGAUGACAUGCUUCUACUUUUAAAAUUUGAUAAGAAGCAACUACGAGGUAUUUUGAACACUUUGAAAUCAGAUAAAUUUAUCAAAUGUCGAAUGAGGGUUGAAACAGGACCAAACGGGAAAAGUACCAGGCAUAAUUACUAUUACAUUAACUAUAAAGUGCUAGUGGAUGUUGUAAAGUAUAGACUGGACCAUGUGCGUCGCAAAAUUGAAGCUGAUGAACGAGAUUCCACUACCCGAGCAUCCUUCAAAUGCCCUCAGUGUUCCAGUAACUAUACUGAUUUGGAAGUUAACCAGUUGUUUAAUCCUGACACAGGAAUCUUUUGUUGCACUUUCUGUGGUACAGAAGUUGAAGAGGAUGUUUCUUCACUUCCUAAACGAGAUGCCCGCACUCUGCUAGCCAAAUUUAAUGAACAGAUUGAACCUAUAUAUGGCCUUCUGCAUGAAACAGAAGAUAUAAUUCUACCUCAUGAGCUUUUGGAACCACAGCCAACUGAAAUCCCAAGCUUGGCAUUAGGGGUUGAUCAGAAGACUGAUACUUCUCCCAACAUUGUCCUGGGCCGUCCAGAAAAAUGGUCAAACAGAGAGUCCUCCUUCAGCGACUUGUAUGUACAGAAUGUUGUUGUUAAUGUUCAGAAGUCAGAGUCUAAGAAAAAGCAGCCACAGGAGAGAACCGUAAAGGAGCAACCUGUGUGGAUGAGAGAGAGCACUGUGCAAGGAGCUACUACAGAUAAUGUUGCUGGCAAAAACACUACAACUGUUGCUAAAACCUGUGAUGAGAAUAGCAAUGUUGAAGACACUGGUGCUGAUAAUGAGGUUAUAAGAACACUACUGAUACAUGAAAAGAAGUCAUCUAGUCAUGUGAAAGCUGCCUUCAAUUCUGAUGUCAAUAAAAGUGAUUCUAGCAGUGAUACCAGUGACUCAGAAGAAGAAAAAAAAACAGCAAAACCUGAGGUUAUAAAAUCUGCAGCUUCUGAAGCACAGCAAGUAGUUGAGGCAGAAGAACAGGAUCCCACUGUUACGGUGGCAGGACAACCCCAUCUGUACAGUGAAGUAAGUCAGAAUCCAGAGUUAGUAUCAUUUAUGAAUGAUGAGGAGCGGGAGGCUUAUAUCAAUAUUGGACAACAGAUGUUCCAGUCAUUAUAUGACUAAUAUUACUAAAUGCUUUGGAAACUCAUGCUUAAUUAAACCUGUAUGGAUAAGUUUGGACCUUAUUUCAGCAAAGACAUCUGCUGAUAAAAUCUUGUAAUGAGUAAGUUUUGUUCCUCUAUGUUUUUUUGUUUUUUUUUAUAAGGGGAGGGAGAUAUUUUUUUAGCACUUUAAAAUAGCGAACAUUUAUUUGUAUAUAAGAAGAUUACAUUUCCAAAUGUUAAUUGUUCUUGGUCACUUGCUUAUUAUGAGGUUUGACUAAGGAUGUAAUGUAUGAUGAAUGACUUGCAUAUAAUUAUCAGUCAUUUGUAAAUAACAUGACCUUCUUAAUUUAGUAACAGAAUUAUAAUGCUGGGGGGAGAGAGAAAGAUAUAUUUCAAUGUAUAUUUUGUUGAGUGUUGUGAAAAUCUGCACAUGGAUCUGUUUUUUAUUGCAAUAUUUUUUUUUGUUAGUCCUUUGCUUGUUUUGGUUCUUGGCAGGCUGUAUGUGAAUGAUAGUCUUCCCACACUGAUUUCCUAUGUGAGAAUCAGUGAAGAAGCUAAGAAAUCUGACUUGAAUAUAUUUUUGUUUGUGCAGAAAGUACCAGAUGUGAUUGCUUUAAUUAACAUGUUAAAAAAACAAAAUAAAAAGCAGAAAAGUA